AUGACGUCGAUCGCCGGGUCGCUACAGGCUGCGCUGCCAAAGCCCAGAUACACGGGCGAGGAGGAAGAAGCCCCUGUGCGAGCGCAACAACGCGGUGUUCGAAUUGUUGGCCCUGGCCAGCUCGACGAAACGCAGGUCGUCCUCAAACGAUCUGGCCCUCCAGCAUAUGGCCAGCGCGCAGGAUGGCGACCACGAUCGCAAGAAGACUUUGGAGAUGGAGGUGCUUUCCCAGAGAUCCCGAUCGCCCAAUAUCCUCUGGAGAUGGGAAAGAAAGGCGCCAACUCCAGCAACGCGUUGGCGAUUCAGGUUGAUUCCGAAGGCAAGGUUAAAUACGAUGCCAUCGCGCGACAAGGCCAUACCGAGAACCGAAUUAUCCACACAUCUUUUAAGGAUCUGAUUCCUCUUCGACAACGCGCCGAUGCGGGUGAGAUCGAUCUUUCGCGACCCGACAAGGAGUCUGUGGAGGCAACAACAGAGAGGACGAAGAACGCACUGGCUGCCCUUGUCAGUGGUGCGGUGGCAGCUCAGAAGCCGAAGAAUGUCAAUAUUGGACAGCGAAAAGAUCCUACUUUUGUUCGAUAUACGCCAGCAAACCAAAUGGGCGACAACUCCAAGAAGCAAGAUCGUAUCAUGAAGAUUGUCGAGCGACAGCGCGACCCUAUGGAACCCCCGAAAUUCAAGCACAAAAAGAUCCCUCGAGGACCACCUUCGCCGCCUCCGCCAGUUAUGCACUCACCACCCCGAAAACUCACAGCUGAAGAUAACGAGAUGUGGAGAAUUCCUCCCCCAGUUUCAAACUGGAAGAAUCCCAAGGGUUUUACAGUGCCGUUGGAUAAGCGUUUGGCUGCAGAUGGACGUGGAUUGCAGGAUCUUGCCAUCAGUGACAAGCAUGCUCAGUUCGCGGAAGCUGUCAAGAUGGCUGAGCGUCAUGCUCGUGAAGAGGUUCAGCAACGUGCUAUGAUGCAACAGCGUCUAGCAGAGAAGGAGAAGGCACAGAAGGAGGAUAACCUUCGAGAGUUGGCCCAGAAGGCUCGUGCUGAGCGAUCUGCUGCUGGCCGCGGGCGUAGAGAUUCUCGCGGUUCCCACGAUUCAAGGGACUCCAGAGACUCGAGGUCACGAUCGCGAAGUUAUAGCUAUUCCGAGUCAGACCGCUCCGACAGCGAGGACGAGGAAGUCAGAGAGCGUGUCAAGGCUCGCCAGGAGAAGCAAAGAGAUGAGGAGCGAAAGCUACGACAGAACCGCAUGGGUGCUGAGCGACGAGCUCAGGUCAUGGCCCGCGAACAAGGCCGAGAUAUUUCAGAAAAGAUUGCUCUGGGUGUGGCCAAGCCUACACAAUCAAAGGAGACCAUGUACGACUCGCGAUUAUUCAACCAAACAAGUGGAUUUGAUAGCGGCAUCAACGAGGACAACCCCUAUGACAAGCCUCUCUUUGCGGCACAAGACGCCAUGAACAGCAUUUACCGACCACGGGUAAAUGUAGACGACGAUGACGAUGCAGAGGCGGGUGACCGAGAGAUGGCAAAGAUUCAGAAGAGCAGCCGAUUUGGCGAGGCUCUUGGAAAGGGAACAUUUAAGGGUGCUGCAGAUGCCGAGGCACGCGAAGGUCCCGUUCAAUUUGAGAAGGAUGCUGGAGAUCCUUUUAAUGUAGACAAGUUCUUGUCAGAGGUGGAUCAGAACUCCUCUAAGCGUGGUUAUGGCUUGCAAGAUGAUGAUAGCAGGCAGUCCAAGCGGCCGAGAGUUGACCCUGACGACGAUGAAGAAUAA